UAAGUAGUUCAGGGCACACCCGUAACUGUAGUGCACUCCGGCAAAUAGAAGUGCCACACUUCUGCAAGUUCCGAAUUGCAGGAAAAAUGGGUGAAUACCAACAUCCUUUGUUCUUCGAAGCUAAAGAUCUGUCAGACAGAGAGAAGGACAAGAUCAGGAGAUACUUUCAGAAAAGACGAGAUUCUGGGGGAGGUGAUUGCGGGAUGAUUGAAAAGGCUGGGGUCAACAUCUAUAAAAUCAGUUUCAAGGAAAAAGAAGACCAGGAAAGAGUUUUACAGAGGAAGUUUCACACCAUCUCCCUCCCUUCUGGAGAAGUACGUCUGACUGUGAGCCGAACCAAUUUGCCACAGAACCCUGAUCAGCCCUCCACGAGUCAGUUACAGACAAAAGCAAACACAAAAGGCCUUGAGAAGAUUUUCAAGAUAGAUAUUUACAUCCUGUAUUACCUGAGAGACAGCCCUAAGGCAUCAAAAGUCCUUCAGAAGCAACUCUCUUCUAUCGGCUGCACAGCGGAGCUAAACUUUGAUGAAGAGGAGGCAGUGGUUAGGGGGGAUAUAGAGAAGGGGCCUGGAGGGGCCUCUAGCAGUGCUGCAGAGAAAUGGGAGUUACAGGUGGAUCGGGUCUUUAUCAGCCUUACUGAGAGCUACCUCUGCUAUCAUGUGAUUGAGACGAAACAACUAAAGAUUCUACUGCAGGACGUCUCGACUGAUGAUAUCAAAGUGUACACAGAGAACGGUUAUGCUGUGGUUGUGGGAGAAGUUCAGGCUGUGAAGGAAAAGAUUGCAUUCCUAGAAAAGAGCCUGCCAACCCGGAAGGAACUGCCAGUUGUGGAGAAGCAGUUCAAACUGGUAGAAGAAGAGUUUAUUCGAGAAAUGCGUGCACAUUGGCCAGAGGUCAAAAUCCACAGAGGUAACGCCAUGAUUAUCUUUGAAGGCCCUGACAAGGAGGUGCUGUCAGGAGCGACAAAACUUGAUGAACUGAUCAAAAAGGUGAAGGAAAAGAGAGUUAUGCUCCCCACAGAUUUAAUAAACUUCAUAACAUUCAGUGGUGCAAUCUCCAAGUACCAAACUCGCUUCCAGCAGAGGCUCAGAAAUCCUGUUUCCCUAGAGGUGGGGUCAGACCUGGUCCUGUCCAGUUUGUCCUCUGAUGCUCUGGAUGAGGCUGAGGCAGCAGUGCAGAGAGACCUGAGUGUGGCCACUGUGCAGCUGCAGGGAGCUGCAGCUGUACCUCCAGAUCUAGACAGAGUGAAAGAAAUCAUGAUCAGAGCCAAGAACAAGGAAAACAGUGGGGAGCUCAGAGUGGACGUCAGCUUCAUACCAGGACCCAGUGGAACCACAGUCACCAAAGUACAACUUGUGGGCUACAAUCAAAAUGUGAACAAGCUGAAAGAGGUUCUGCACGACUACCAGAUGAACCAAGUCGGGACACAGGAAGUACUGAACCUACCACAUCCUGAGCUGGUUGACUGUUUUGAUAAAUUCUUAGCACUGAUUGGCAUGAAACAGACCAAGGUGACCUUAAAAGUCUCACAUUCCCCAUAUCCUUGUGUGCUUGUGUCUGGCCCCCGUUGUCUGGUCCAGGAGGCCCAGCAGGCCCUAAUCUCAGCUCUAGCCAGUCUGACAUCAGACACUUUGGUUCUAGAUGGACCGGGGGCUCAGCGUUACUUCCAAACAGAGGGCAAAGAAAGCAAGGAGCUGGUAGAGAGCUCCUGUCAGAUCCUGAUCAGGGAACAGAAAACACGAAGUAUCAGAAGCCCGAGAAGCCUCACACCCAGACCGUCCAUCACCAGACGUCGCAGCAGCACUGUUGGAAGCGUUGUGGUCAACAAGACAAGCCUGGAGAUCAAGCUGGGCAGUUUAGAGGAAGAGCAGGUGAAUGUGUUGGUGGUCCCCAUGCUAAACAGGCAGCUGACUUCUACGAAAAUUGGAAAAUGUCUGUUGAAAAGAGCAGGGAACGUGAUCCAGUCCAAGUUUGACUCUGUGGCAGCGAAUUGUUCUCUUGCCCCUGGUGAUGUUCUGCAGAUUGAUGGGCCUCCAUCUCUGGGCUGCUCCAAGCUCUUCUUCAUUGAAUGCUCACCGUGGGAUGGAGUCAGAGGGCAGAGUGUGCAGGCGCUUGCCAAUGGGCUGAAGAAGUGUUUGGACCUCUGUGUACAGCAGCGCUUUAGCUCAGUGGCCUUUCCAGUUAUCGGACCUGGAAUUGUUUUAAAAUUCCCGCUGAGUGAAGCCAUUCAAGUGCUGACUGAGAACAUUCGCCAGUUUGGAUUAUCUGCAUCCUCUGGGUCUCUCUCCACCAUCCACAUCGUCAUUAAACCAGACUAUCCAGACUCUGAGCAGUGCUACCAUGAUGUUCAUAGACACCUCAGCUCAAAUAUGAACCAGGGAGGCCAAGCGAUCUUCAGGUCUCUCACUAGUGAUCUUGAUGACAUCACAAUGACAGUAGGAGGCGGGGUUAAACUACAGCUGGUGUUUGGUGACAUCACUAAUGAGACUACAGAUGCUGUGGUGAACACGACCGACUUCACAAAUUUUCAUGACGAUGGUGUGUGCAAAGACAUCUUAACUGUAGCUGGACCACAGGUGGAGGCUGAACUAAAAGCAGCAAAAGUGAACCAAGGAGAAGUUUUUGUAUCUCAGUCUGGAUCAUUUCCUUGUGAAGCCAUUUUACAUGUGUGUGGACAAAGAGAUGCUGGUAUUAUUGAACAACUUGUGCGUCGCAUCAUUGAACAUUGUGAAACAUUUGGAUUCAAGUCUGUGGCCAUUCCUGCCAUCUGUGCUGGAAUUGGCGGGUUGGACCCUGGUGUCGUAGCAGGUGCCAUCCUCCGAGGUGUCAAGACCGCUACGUCGUCCACUCCCCUCUACUGUCUCACCAACAUCCACCUCGUCUUGAUUAAGAUCAAAGUUUUCUUGAAGUUUAAAGAGGAAGCAAUGCAAAUGUUUCCCACUGCUGGAAUCAAUAGAGUGUCAGUACCUCAGUUUUCUUAUGUACAACAACAACAACUCCCUUCAUCUAUGAGUCCAGACCUUAACAUCUUCCAUACCAGCUCCAGAAAUGAACAGUCCGUCUUCCUGUUCCUGGGUCUCUCCAGAAAGGAUGUUGAUGAUGCCAAGACUAAGCUGAAGAAUCUGUAUCAGUCUCAGUGCUCCACUCAGUCCUUCAAAAAGGAGGAGCUGGCAUGCCUCACCCAGGAGGACAUGGAGGAUCUGAAGCAGCUGGUUGAGACUGAGGGUCUGUACAUGCAGGAGGACCAGUCCGGCCAGGGCAGCUUAACAGUGAGUGGUUUAAAGGACGGGGUCAACAAGGUUGUGCACAUGAUUAAUGCCUCCCUCAGAAGAGAGGUGAGAGUCAGGGAGGAGGAGGAAUUGUACACCCGUGUGGCUUGGUGCAUCCUGGGACCUAACGGCACCUGGGAGAGACUCCCUAAAACAGCCAAUCACAGCCUGGAAAAAAAUGAUGUAGCAGGAGGGAUAGUGGACGCACAGGGCAUCCGGUGGAGUGUGAAUGCACAGAAGUUGAAGGCAACAAGCCGAGUAACUGGACUGAAUGCGAAUCUGAAACGACUUGUGAAUCUGAGAGACUUCACUCUCCCCCUGUGCUGGGAUAAUAUGGGUCACAGUGAAACUUUUAAGAAGGUUGAGCUGCAGCCUUCCUCUGCAGAGUACCGGACAGUGAAGGAGGCCUUCAAACGAACUGUCUCCAAGACUGUAAUGAAGAUCGAGCGUCUGCAGAAUGUUCAUCUCCGACGCGCCUAUGAAGUGCAGAAGAAGAACAUUUCUGAUAAGAACGUACAGGUGGGUGGAGCAGGUGAAAAGCUUCUCUACCAUGGGACGACCCAGGAGAACUGUGACUCCAUCAUGAAAACUGGGUUCAACCGGCGCUUCGCUGGACAAAAUGCAACUGCAUACGGUCAUGGAACCUACUUUGCUGUAAACGCCAGCUACUCAGCCCACCCUACCUACUCCAAGCCAGCUGUUGAUGGUUCUCAGUUAAUGUUUGUGGCUCGAGUCCUGACUGGGAUCUACACGCAGGGCCAAAGCAACAUGAAGGUUCCUCCACCUCGCAGUGACCAGCGGCCCCAUGACCUCUACGACAGUGUGGUGGAUAACAUAGUCAAUCCCAGCAUGUAUGUUGUGUUCCAUGAUAACCAAGCGUACCCAGACUACCUCAUCACCUUCAAGUGAGGGAAACAUGGUGUAUGACAGGGUGGGUGCAGAAUGAGUGAAUGUACAUGAUAAUGAUAGUACAUGAUGAAACUACUGAACCAUUGAAGCUAUAAAGUUAGCUGCAUGAACAUGUCACGUAUACUCUCCACAGAUUCUCAGACACACCAGCAGCUUCUUCUCUGCUGGAGCUGCCGAUUUGGCUUCUUUUGUUUGUUCUCAUCCUCUCACAUGGACCUUUUCACUUUUGCUUUUACUCUGUAAUGGAUGCAACUUGAAUCGUAGUGAAGUUAACAAUGCUUGAGAUAAAGAAUAGUAGGGACAAGUGAAAAUAAGUUGAAAAAAAGAAAAAAUCUUUUUUAAAAACACUCAAAAAGUACAAGGGCACAUACACACAAAAUGUGUUCCAUUAAUAAAAUAAUAUAAUUUGUAGUGAAUAUAAUUAGUUUGUUCCACAGCUGGUUUUAAGAAUAAAGUAAAAUAUAAGCUUUUCUUUAGUAUAGUUGUGUUUUUGGUGUUUCUGCUUUAUUUUGGAUAGACACGGUAGAGAGAGACAGGAAAGGCAGGGGAGAGAAAAAGAGACAAUGCCAUGAAGCAAAAGCACCUGUUUUUUGGUAUGUUUACUUAAAGCUCUAGUUGUAUGUAGCAAUAUGUUUGAGAGAGAAAUUCAAUUUGUAUAAUAAAUAUAUAUGAACAUC